AUGCGGUCAUGCCACAAAUUACCUAAAAGAGUACACGACUUAAGCACAUUUAACCUCAAUGCACAAUUACCUAGAAGACUCGACUUAAACACAUUUAACCUCCGUGCCCUUAAUGACGCUUUCGAUGCCGAGAAUCCUCUAGAGUCUUCAUUUGACACGGUCGCGCUCACAGACUAUUGCGUUGAGAAGGCGUGCGGCUUUGAUUACCGCACGUACUUUGAUCACGAAGAGGAGUAUGCCCGCUCCCUGGAAGAGCAAUAUGUCUGGAAAGUCAGUGAUAAACGAAAUAAAGAGAAACGGGACAUCUGGAUGGAAGCUUGCCGCCAGUUGGACGAAAAUGACCUCCGUUCUAGUAACGAGUGCAGAUGCGACAUCGUCCAAUGUCUCGUCCACCAUGACACCUCAUGUUACUAUUCCCAGAUCGAGUACAGCGGUGAAGAAGAUACAUAUGCCUUCAAUCACGAAAGUGAUUAUUGCAUAGACAGCAGUGGCCCUGCAACUAUUAACGGAUACGGUCCAGGAUCUGCUUGUCUCAUGGCUCAGUCUAGAGAGAAGUCACCCGGCUUGGAUUUCUACGACUUUGUUAACGAGAAAGGGGAGGGAACUCGUUUGUUGGAAGCUAAUGGCCGUACUAAUAACAACUACAUGCGCGGCAUCGCUGAAUGUUGUGGCGGUCAUGAUAACUCUUUAUGCGAUAGUGGCGAAGAGGAUAGCCAUGCACUCGGGCCCGAAAACACUGCUUAUCUAAGUGGAAGUAUGUCCGAAACUGAUACCGAGCAAUACAUAGACCCUCCAACCCCCAGUAUGGUGGGGAUGGUUAUUACGGCUAUUUUGACGACGACGAGUUGGCGAGAGUUUAUUGGGUGGAAGCCGAAGGGUGCAUCUGCGGCGCCCUCGGAUGCUGUGGCGACCCCUUACUGCUGUCCUCCGAUGAGGAGUAGGAGUUCUUGCUCAAUGUGGCGAUCAUAG